CCUCCCUCCCUCCGUCCCGCCCUUCUCCACCAUCUACGUCCCCUUAUAUUCACGGAUAUACAACGGGCGCUCGAAAGCCGAGGGGGACAAGCCAUGGAGGAGACGAAGAUCAUCUAUCAUAUCGACGACGAGGAAACGCCGUAUCUCGUCAAACUCAAUAUCUCGCCGGAAAGGGUCACCCUUGCUGACUUUAAGAAUGUUCUCAACAGGCCUAACUACAAGUACUUUUUCAAGUCGAUGGACGACGAUUUUGGCGUCGUGAAAGAGGAGAUCGUCGACGACGACGCGCAUCUUCCCUGCUUCAAUGGCCGAGUCGUCUCCUGGCUCGUCUCGGCGGAGGGCAGCAACGUAUCGGAUGGCGCGUCCCAGUGCACGGACACGGUGCCACAUCAGGACCCGAAGCACGACAGAGUGGAUCACGUGACACCGGGUCAUACGAAUCGAGCCCCGAUGUCUCUGUCCCACGACGAUACCCUCACCGAGACCGAGAGCAUCAUUAGCAGCAGGCAGGGUCAUCACUUGCACAAAUCGUCGAGGCACCACGCGGACAAAUACGAAAAAUAUAACAAAUACAAUGGCUUGCGCAUAAAUGGCCAUUCGAAACAUCGAUCAACGCUUGGUUACGAAACAGCAUCAAUUUUAAGCUCCGACCUGGAAACGACGACAUUCUUAGAAUCGGACGAUGACGCCAGUAGCCGUAUAACCUCGACAACCGGAAGGCACACCAAUAUGAGUAGUGCAGUUGAUCGAGCAACGCUUGAUCGACGUAGACCGCAGAGGCGUCGACGACACAGGUUGCCACCAAUGUCUAGGACAUCUUCAUUCAGCAGUAUUACAGAUAGCACAAUGUCCCUUAAUAUUAUAACCGUCUCGUUAAAUAUGGACACUGUCAAUUUUCUCGGUAUUAGUAUCGUAGGACAAAGUAACAAAGGCGGCGAUGGUGGAAUCUACGUUGGUUCAAUUAUGAAAGGUGGUGCAGUGGCCCUGGAUGGCCGUAUAGAACCAGGCGAUAUGAUACUUCAAGUGAAUGAUAUAAAUUUCGAGAAUAUGUCCAAUGACGAAGCGGUACGAGUGCUGCGCGAGGUUGUACAAAAGCCAGGGCCGAUAAAAUUGGUGGUGGCCAAGUGCUGGGAUCCAAAUCCCAAGGGCUACUUCACGAUUCCGCGGACGGAACCCGUGCGACCAAUUGACCCUGGCGCCUGGGUGGCACACACAGCGGCCAUCAGGGGCGAGGGCUUCCCACCUCGACCGCCUAGUGCGACGACCCUUACCUCUACCUCGAGCAGUCUGGCCAGUACGCUACCCGAUACCGAGCUAAUGCAUUUGUUCUCAGGGCCCUUCGACGAGCUAGAUUUGUCCGUAAAUACAGAAAUGCCAACGAUUGUAAGAGCCAUGGCUCGACCGGACUCGGGCCUCGAGAUACGCGACCGCAUGUGGCUCAAAAUCACCAUACCCAAUGCCUUCAUCGGAGCAGACGUCGUUGACUGGCUUCACACGCACGUGAAGGGCUUUAUAGACAGGCGCGACGCUCGGAAGUAUGCCUCGCUGAUGCUAAAGGCCGGCUUCAUCAGGCACACCGUCAACAAGAUCACCUUCUCCGAGCAGUGCUAUUACAUAUUCGGAGAUCUCUGCUCGGCGAUGAGCAAUAUGAAGCUGGACUGCGACACGGUCGGGCCACUGCCACCGCCGAGCGCUUGGGACAUGCCUUACUCCGGGACUUACGCGCCCCAUACGGCCACCGGCUACAGUCCCAUGCCCUUCAACUUCACUAACGAGCCAACGGUCUACGGCUAUCAUCGCGAGGAGAGUCUUCACAGUGGUUCAGGAGGGAGCAGCGCGGGUAGCGAUCAUAUAUUCAAGGCGCCCAUACAUGAUGUAAAGUCUUGUUGUUCUGCUUCUGAAUCAGAACUGCAGAUGCCGGUGGUGCCGGCAAUGCCGAAGAGUACGGCGAUGACAGUGACGACGGGUAUCGGUAGCGGCAACGGCAACGGGAGCGGCUCCAACGGCAAGCGAUCGAAUGGCAGCCGAAGUCGUAGCAGUGGCUCCGAGCAGUCGGUGCAGACGGGGACCGGUUCCGGAGGUGGAGGUGGUGGCAGUGGCGGCGGCGGCAGCGGUGGCGUCGGCCAACAACAACAGCAGCAGAAUCAGCAAGAUCUAUCUGCAGUACGGCAUGCCCAAGAAGAUACCCAGACGCAGGCGACCGACCUUGACAACGGUAAAGAUGAUGAAGAGGAUAUCCUGGAGUAUCAUUUCUUGCAUAAGUGAACAAAUCGCAUAUUUGACAAGGCCACACAUCAAUAUACGAGUUACAAGCGAUACCUGUUAAACGAAUAAGAAAUUGGAGGGAAGAAGCGCAUAAAAGAGAAAGCUCGUCGCCCCUACGCACACAU